AAAGAUAAGUGUCAAACCUCUCUCUCCCACUUAUAGUCAAUCACAUGCACUUUUUUCCUCCCAUUAUUAUUAAUAAUAACACUAAAAAGCUUCUCCUGUUUGAAAAAAAGCUGGAACGAUAAGAUUUUUAAUUAGACAACAAGGAUUUUCCUGGCCAUGCUAUAUGGUAGAGGAAAAAUAAUAAAAGGUGGGUUUGUUUUUUGCAUGUUUUUAGGUUGAUGAGCUUUUGGGAGAUAUGUCAGGUAGUGCUUGCAGCAUAGUUUGGUUCAGGAGGGAUCUGAGAGUUGAAGAUAAUCCUGCACUUGCAGCUGGUGUUAGAGCUGGCGCUGUUGUUGCGGUUUUUGUAUGGGCACCUGAAGAAGAAGGCCAUUAUUACCCUGGAAGGGUGUCAAGGUGGUGGCUGAAGCACAGUUUAGCUCACCUUGAUUCUUCUUUGAGGAGCCUUGGUACUUGUCUCAUCACUAAGAGAUCUUCUGAUAGUGUUUCCUCUCUGCUUGAGGUUGUUAAAUCUACUGGUGCUACUCAGCUCUUCUUCAAUCACUUGUAUGAUCCUAUAUCACUGGUUAGGGAUCAUCGGGCAAAGGAGGUAUUAACAGCCCAUGGUGUAGCAGUUCGAUCGUUCAAUGCAGAUUUACUUUAUGAACCCUGGGAUGUAAAUGAUGCUCAAGGACGCCCUUUCACUACUUUUUCUUCUUUCUGGGAAAGAUGCCUGAGCAUGCCCUAUGACCCUGAGGCUCCACUUCUUCCUCCUAAGAGAAUCAUUUCAGGCGAUGUGACAACUUGCCAUUCGGAUGAAUUGGUGUUUGAAGAUGAAUCAGAGAAGGGAAGCAAUGCGCUUUUAGCUCGAGCAUGGUCACCUGGUUGGAGUAAUGCUGAUAAGGCUUUGACCACAUUCAUUAAUGGACCUCUAAUUGAGUACUCUAAGAAUAGAAGAAAGGCUGAUAGUGCCACCACCUCAUUUCUCUCUCCCCACUUGCACUUUGGGGAGGUGAGCGUCAGAAAAGUCUUUCAUCUUGUCCGCAUCAAGCAGGUUCUAUGGGCCAAUGAAGGGAAUAAAGCUGGUGAGGAGAGUGUUAACUUGUUUCUCAAGUCAAUUGGUCUGAGGGAAUUUUCAAGAUACUUGAGUUUUAACCAUCCUUACAGCCAUGAAAGGCCUCUUCUUGGGCAUCUUAAGUUUUUCCCUUGGGUAGUGGAUGAGGGCUAUUUUAAGGCAUGGAGACAAGGUAGAACUGGUUAUCCAUUGGUGGAUGCUGGCAUGAGAGAGUUGUGGGCCACUGGCUGGCUACAUGACCGGAUAAGAGUCGUAGUUUCAAGUUUCUUUGUAAAGGUUCUGCAGCUUCCUUGGAGAUGGGGUAUGAAGUACUUUUGGGAUACCCUAUUAGAUGCAGAUUUAGAGAGUGAUGCUCUUGGUUGGCAGUAUAUAUCCGGUACUCUUCUGGAUGGCCGUGAGUUUGACCGCAUAGAUAAUCCACAGUUUGAGGGUUACAAAUUUGACCCACAUGGAGAAUAUGUCCGAAGGUGGCUCCCUGAACUUGCAAGAUUGCCAACAGAUUGGAUUCACCAUCCAUGGAAUGCUCCUGAAUCUGUACUCCAAGCUGCUGGAAUUGAGCUCGGAUCAAAUUACCCUCUUCCUAUUGUAGGAAUAGAUGCUGCAAAAGAUAGGUUGCAAGAAGCACUUUCGGUGAUGUGGCAACAAGAAGCUGCUUCAAGAGCUGCAAUUGAGAAUGGAACUGAAGAAGGCCUAGGAGACUCUAGUGAAUCAGUGCCAUUUGCCUUCCCUCAAGACAUACAAAUGGAGGAAAAUGUUGAACCAGCAAGGAACAAUGCUCCAGCUACAACUCGGCGAUACGAAGAUCAGAUGGUUCCUAGCAUGACUUCUUCUUUGGUGAGAGGCAUACAUGAAGAAGCUUCUUCGGAUCUUAGAACUUCAACAGAAGAUAGCAGAGCAGAAGUUCCAAGAAACGUUAAUAUACAUCAAGAACCACAAAGAGACUCAUUAAACCAGGGAAUUCAGCUAACAGCUCGUAACAACAACACUUUUCGGCAAUUUAAUCUCCCAAUGGGGUUGGGAAAUGCUGAGGAUUCCACAGCAGAUUCAUCUACUAGCAGUAGUAGGAGAGAAAGGGAUGGCGGAGUUGUUCCAGUUUGGUCUCCUCCAGCUUCUAGUUAUUCAGAGCAGUUCAUAGGUGAUGAAAACGGUAUUGGUACGAGCUCAUCUUAUUUACCAAGGCAUCCACAGUCCCACCAAAUAGUAAACUGGAGGCGUUUAUCUCAAACUGGGGAAAACUAUUGAACGCUGCUGUUGGACAUAGAUGAAAUCUCCAACUACGAGAUUUGGAUGGGAUCAGACUUCAGAGUAAAGCUCAUUAUGCUUGCUUUUUAUGCUCUCGGGCUUUUCUGGUUCAGGUGCUCGAAGAACACUGUACACAAAAGUUGCGGCCAUUGCUCCAAGAACUGGAGCUACAAUAUAGACCCAAAGGUUUUCAUAAACACCGGAGACAACAGCAGGGCCUAAACUUCUUGCAGGGUUCAUCGAAGCUCCGGUAAUCGGCCUGCCAAAUAUAUGGAGAUCAUAAAUUUUACGAUAUGAGGUAUGAUCGAAAGAAUUGUUCAUGAAAUAUAAAAAAAGAAUGGAAUGUUGCUGGGAAAGUUCACUUACCCAGCUACAAUGACAUUAAACAGCACUGUAGCACCUAUUGCAGCUCCAGCGACAGCUUUGCACUGCUUUGGUCAAUCGAAGAUUCAGAAUAACUAUAAUUAACAUUUGUACAUAAAACAUAGCUUAUUCCUGAGGAAUUGAAAAGAACAUAAAACAAGGUAUCGACAUACCGCUCUGUGGUCAGUGGCGAUUGCACAAACAUUGAACAUCAAUAUGAAAGUCGCUAUAAAUUCCCAUGCAAAGGCUUCAAGAUCACUAGUUGAAUCUUUGUAUUGGGUCACUGUUACUUCAAUACCUCGGUAAUGAAACAAGGCCCUGAGGGUCAAGCUUGCAAGAGUUGAUCCAAGCAAUUGAGACACCAUAUACAUAGGUACCUUGACCGAUAAGGAAGCCGGAUUUCAGUGCAUGAACUUGUACUAAAGAGAAGUGAAUAUGUUGCAGUAAAAUGGUAAAAAUGUUUGUAAUUAGACAUUCCUUACAAGUUUCCAUGAAAAUUUCUGACCAGCAGCCAAGGCAAGAGUGACAGCAGGGUUGAAAUGGGCACCGGAGAUAUGGCCAACAGCAUAAAUUGCUGCCAUCAGAACCAUGCCCCAUACAAUUGCUAUGCCCACAAUAGUUAGUGGUUCAAAAUCGUUUAUAAGAGCUGACCCACAACCUAUAAAGAUAAGAAAGUAUGUGCCUAGGAGCUCUGCAACAGCCUGUUUACACAGUUUAUUUAGCAAAAGAGAGCAAUAUUCUUUUUGUCAUGUAUAAUGAUGAAAAUAUGUGACAGCCAGACAGACAAGAAGCAAGCACAUUCAUUUUUACCUUCUGCAUGGUUGACGGAAGAAUUUCAUUAUUAACGCAAAAUUCUGGUAAAUGUUUAACUUUUGCUUCUUCCAUGGUACGGCGUUUUGUAGGCGGUGGAAGUUUAGGAGAGGCCGCUUCUACAGAGUGUUUCAUAGGCGAAUGUUUUGAGGAGAAGUCUUCGGUAAUUGAAGGCGUGUUGGCCAUUGUAGCUGUUAGAAACUAGACCGAACUGCAGUUCAGAACUUUGUAAGGACACUUCAUUAAAUUGCUAUGGAUUCAAUAUUCUGUCUUCAUAUAUAGCAGCAGAUUCAAUCUGGGAUUAUGUUUUUAUUUAAAACUAAAGAGCAAGUGUUUGGAAGACAUAUCGGGAAUCAUUAGAUGGUAUCAAAGACUUGAACUCUUCAAAUAAGGUCAUUUCCUGACAGACAAAGACAGCCAGCCAAACAAAGUUUUUCUUUAUUUUUAUAAUAUUUCACUAGGAACACUGAAACCGAAUCAUUGGUCGGCAAAUCAUGGUUUCAAGAACUAUGAAUUCCAAUUACUUUGUCCCUGUCUGUCACGAAGGGCUUAUUAAAUCUAGACAAAUGGAAUGAAUUAAAUUUCAGACACAAAAUCUAGGAAAAGGAGUAGUUAUUUUCUAUAUUCAGGAUUGCAAUUAUAGGAUUCUUAAGCCUACCUGGUGGCUGCUGGCUAACCUUUUAUUUUUUUAAUAUAUAGCAUAUUCUGUAGAAUGUUUUUGGUGAAUUUUAUCCGGCAUAUGUUAAAGCUUAUUUCUUUUGUGA